AUGCUCGGCUCACCGGUGGGAAGCUUCGGGCUCCCCUCGCCCCUCCACGCCCUGCAGGGCUUCCCCGCCGGGGCCGCCGCCGCCGCCGCCGCCGCCCACGAGUACCUCCGCCUGAAGAAGGCCCGCCUCGCGAACGGCACGGACUUUCCCACCUACGAGAAUGGGCAUCUUCAAGAAAAGAGCCCACUGUUGGCAAACGGGUACAACCAGCCUCCGACUCACCUGAGCGCCAUGCAGCUGCUGAGCGCCGGGUUCAACCCCCAUCCGGGGGCCCACCAUGGCUCCCCCGCCGACGUGAGGAGCGUGAUGAUGUCGUCGUCGGGAGCCGCUGGCUUCCCGGUCUCGGUGUCCAGUCAGCACCUGGCGGCUGCCGCUGCCGCUGCCGCUGUCGCUCGGCCGUACCACCCUUUCGGCUCCCUCAAGGCCGGAUUUCUAGCCGGCAGCCGGGAUCCCAUUAUGCUCCGGUCUGAUCCUGCGAACGGGGUGAACAGCCCAGUGUUGAACCUCUCGAAGAAAGGGGGGGAGAGUGCCAGCGACGGAGACGGGGAACAAGAAGAAGAAGAAGAGGAGGAAGACGAGGAUUACUCCGAAACCGAAUUCGAAGAACACAAAGGCUUACCUACAGGUGGGGCUGGAAAGAGCGGCGAGACGGGCGGCAUCACCCCCGAACAGCUCUACUCCUCUUUCCUCGGCUCUGUCCACCAAUUGUCGUCGACGGAGACCCUGCUGAGGAACAUCGAAGGUCUCCUUCGAGUCGCGGCCGAGUCGGCCAGACAGACCGAUAGACAGGUCCAGCUGGAGAAAGCCGAACUGAAGAUGGAGCUGGCGAGGGAACGAGAACAGAGAGAGGGCUCGGAACGGCAACUCAACGAGGAGCAGCGGAUUCGAGGACUGCACGAGAUAUCCCACGACUCGGCCGGUCGUGGCGAUAACCGUCGGUUAGGGAAGCGGUUCGGGGCGGUGAAACGUAAACGACCAGAUGAGUAUCAUGUAAAUCGACGCGAAACAACGAUGAUGAUGAUGCAGGCGACCUUUUCGAGGGGAAAAACGAUCCGGUUCGUGAUCGACCCCCCGACCCCGGCCUUCCUCUCUCUCGUAGAUGGAAUUUCCUCGGGAGAAAAGAGAGAUGACAGCCGGGUUUGGCCAAAAGACCUUGAUCUCUCUCGUUCCUUCCUCGAUCAUCGUUCGGCCUCAUCAUUUACCCCAUCCUCAUAUGAAGAGGUGAGGAGUAACAUGGGCUCCUCGAACAGCGUCGCCGUGACUCAGAGGCGACUCCGGAAGGAGAAACGACUGCGUCGGCGUGCGCAAGAAAACUUGGAAGGAGAACUGCGACGAAGGCGACAUCUCGAGGAACUACUCACGACCUCAGCUCCACCAGAACUCCUCCGUAAGAUUCAAGAUGUUCUGAAGUGGGAUGGCGGAAAGGUGGAAGAGGGGGGCGAGGGGGGCAGUGAGGGGGCGGAGCAUCCCCCCAAAAGUCCCACCUCUCCCCCCGUCAAAACAGAGGGGAACCGACAGAAUUACUAUCAGAACUCCCUGUUGUUUAUGAACUCAACCUAGUCUGACUGCGGCCCCCCACAAUGGAGUCCCACACACAUAUCUCGAGGGGAGGUUCCAUCGUCACCAUCAUCAUCAUCAUCAACAUCCGUAUCAUCCGGUGACCGAAAGGAAAAUUGUGUUUUUUUCAUCAUCUCCUCGGGAUGAACUCUGUAUUUGUCUCUAGUCACAUGAUGGUCGUGGAUUCAGUGUAGAUCUAUUUGCUUCUGCCCGUUAGCUUCGACUUCCCCAAACCUCUGUCAAAAUGGGUCCAAAAUGGAUUAAGAAACCUGUUUCCCCCGAUUCAUAUGACCGAGUGAUGGGAAUGCUUGUUAUCAACGCACCCGCGAAUUCCAUGGUUUUGUCUGUGAUUCCUUCCAAGUCCUCAAUGUCUGUGUAUCAUACAGGCGGUGUCUCGGUUUCCAUGUCAUCCUGUAUAACUUAUGUAUAAAUUAAGAAGUGUUUUUUUUGGGCAGCACCAAGAGAAUUUAUGGAAGAGCGAAAGGGAGAGAGAGAGAGAGAGCGAGCGAGAGAGCGAGAGAGAGAGAGAGAGAGAGAGAUGAUAUCCGUAGGCAUGGUAAGACGUUGUCGGAAAGAAAUUGUGCAGAUAAUAAAAGGAAAACCUAUU